AUGGGCGAUUCCGCUGUGAAGAAAACCACCGGCUCCUGCCUCUGCGGCGCCAUCACCUUCGAACUCCACGGCGAACCCAUCUCCAACUGUCUCUGUUUCUGUAACAGCUGCCGCAAGAGCACCGGCUCCAUCGGCAUGGCCAAUAGCUGGUACAAGAAGGAGAACUUCCGCAUCCUCACCGGCGAAGACAAACUCCGCAUCUUCUACGACAACACGCCCGACAGCGGCGGGCAGAUCGAACGCAGCUUCUGUACCGAAUGCGGAUCGACCAUGGUCGCGGAGAACAAGGGCAAGUUCCCUGGUGCUGUGAUUGUGCCCGUGGGUGCUAUGGAUGUGGAUCUCAGGGAUGGAGAGUGGAAGCCGAGUCAGGAGUAUUUCUGUAAGCGGAGGGCGAAUUGGUUGGAGAUCAAGGCGGAGACGAAGGAGUUCUGGGAGCUGUUUUGAUGCGAUGAGCCUUGUUUGGUCUUUCAGAGAGAGGACUGUAGAUAUUUAAUGUAAUAUUUCGAACUCAGUUGA